GCCAAACUGAAUGUUUUUUUUUAUUAAAAAAGCUGCUUAGGGCUUGAUAAAUUCACAACCCAUAGACUAUAUGGCAGCAGGAAAAUCAACCUCACACGACUUGACCUUGUCUUGGUAAACAAAGAAAGAAAAGUGCAUAGUACAUUAGUUACUAAUAGUUUCUGAUCAUGUACACGCUUGAUCUGUAUGACAAAUCCUCCAUCCACGUCCAUCCACGUCAGGCGAAAGCUUUGAUUAAACACGUUUUUACUUUAUAAAGUGUGUUGCCCACGCGUGCACGCGCUUGCGUCGUCACGUCACCACUCCUCCCCCUCCGUUGCCAUUGGAUGCCUGUUCGACACCCGCAGUGACGUUAACCAAUCAGGUCCCCUCGAGCAGCCAAAACCACGCCUGCGCGGCAACUAGUGUCGCGCGCCUCAUCAGCAUUAUAUUGGCGGUGGACCAGACAAAAGUUUCAGUAUCAUUUCGCCUCUGCUACCUUUUUUGUUGUUGCUGUGGUUAUUUAAUUAAGUUAGCAAUUUGGUCUUUUUUAGUGUGGCGUCUAAGUGAGGUCAAAGGAGGCACUGGAGCUGCAGGAGUCCGCCAGCGGAAGCCAGGUUUCGUUAGUCGACGUUACUCUCGGGGCACCCCGUGGGGUUUAAAGUUCAGCUAACAGUAGCGUCUGUGGCUACUAGCGGGCAGUUAGCACCGCGUCUCGAGACAUUCGCUCACAAUGGCAGCUGUGUGUCCGCCACGACGUGCCUUGAUGGAGAUACCUGCUCCUCAGCCCAAGAUUGCAGCUCGAAUGAGGAGGUCCUAUCUAGAAAUCCUGAGUGCUCGUUUGGCUCCAUCGCCGCUUCCAAGCGGGAGAAACGCGGUUACCAACACAAAGCGUGGGCCCUCACUGGACUUGUCUAUUGGUGGGGUGUGGAGUGGGAGGAUGGAGCAGCAAUGCGAGAAGAUGGACGAGCACCAGGCUCCUCUCUACAAACAGCAGCUCGUGCAGCUCAUCAGAUCCCUCAUCUUAGUUGAGCAGAGCCAGGAGCCCAGGAUCCCGACGUCGGACCUGAAGUAUCUCCAGGAAGAUCUGCAACUAAAGAAAGCCAACGUUUUCCGGUCCAUACCGUACUCGCGCCUCGGCUCCAACAGAGACGCUCACUGCUACAGAAAAGCAUAUCCUCACCUGGUGGCGUUCAAAGUUUCCUGUCAGGAGUGGGGACAGGUUCUCCUGAGGAACAAAGAGUGGGAAUCAGUGUUGGAGCACACGUUGAUGGCGUGGCGCUACACCAGCGAGCUGCCGCAGUGGGAUACGGCGAACCACAACGCUCUCCGACAACAGUGUUACGACAUUUUGGCAGCCAACGGCCUCGCUGCUCUCCAGCACCACCAGCCGGGACCCGACAGAGGACGCGAGCUGCUCAGAAGGUUGAAGAUGGCUCAGUCGCACAGCCAGUCAAUCGUGCCCUGUAUUGAGGCGCUGCAGAGGAUUAUGGGAUGUGACGCCCUCUUCUCUAUGGACACCAAAUAAGACGAGACACUGUCCAACCCACUGGCUACACCCCAGUGAAAAGUGCUUUGUAGCUGCCCUAAAUUAUUUUUCUAUGUGGUACAGGGCUCAAAAUCAUUCCUGCAGUAUUUGUAGUGUUUGUUUGGGGGAGAACCACUACAAUAUUUGUCAAAAGGGCAGAAGCUGACAAUGUGAAGGUUUUUAAAUGGUGGACAAUGCAACCCCAUAACUUAAUGCUUUUUCUGUCAUCUAGAAACUAUUUGUGACAUGGCACACCGCAAAAUGUAUUUAUUGUUGGUUAAUGUUGUGUUGUUGCCUCGCAAAAGGAAUCAGUUGGUGCUGCCAACAAUGUAUUUAAAAUGUUUGUAUAUUUUUAAAACCUUUUGUAAAAAAUAACUUUUGCAUUGACAAACAAAAUGUUGAAAGUAAGAAAUGGCCUUGUGGUUUGUGUGUGUGUGUGUGUGUGUGUGUGUGUAUAUUACCGUGGAGACAAUACUUGAAACUGGCUUCUGCAACUACAGUGAUUUUAUGUUUCUUUCUAGAAAACAGUCUGCAUCUGAUUGCACUCUUGCCAUUUGUCCUGAAAACUUGAACAUUUUUGAUAAAAGAUCUUAAUUCCAAUAAAGUGAUUACUUUAAUA